UACAUGAUAUUAAAUUCUAAUAUAACAGUUUUGUGUUCUUUUUUGUAUAUUUCUAUGAUCAUAUAAAAGUGGUAUGCUCUCAGUGCUUGGCUCUCUGUUAUGUAUACAGAAUUUUGUUUAUUUCAUUACACUCCAUCCACCUUUGGUGAAUGAGUUGUGUGGUGGGGAGGGUGUGUUUGGCUUUGAAGGCAUUGUUGUUGGUAUCUUCUCUCUAUGCCUUGAUAGUGACUGGUCGAAAACAGAUGAUUUUUUGUUGCCCUCUUCUCUGCUUUGUUUAGUUGGUUCGUUUAUUUCAUGGCAUUAAGUGGUUCGGUGCCAUUCAUUGCUGUAAUGAAUACAUUUGUGAGCUAAAAAUAAAAGAAAAACAAUUCAAAAUAAAGUGAAUAUAGUGAAAAAAAUUUUGUCAUGAUCUUAUAGCACUCACCUUUGUUAUUUAAUUGAUCUACGCAUCAGCAUACAUUGGUCGCAAGUUCAUAUAUGGAAACAUUCAACAAACAUCAGCUGGCCAUGGCGAAAGAGAGAGCUAUUGAAAAAUUAAAUUUGGGCGAUAGUCUAGAUUUGACUUGUUCUCUGGAGAAUUUAUCUCUCUACACUCUCACCACACUGCCUAUGGAAAUUCUCUUCCAUAUUUUCGAGCUGUGUGACCUGAAGGACUUAUUGAGACUGGCAAAAGUGUGUCAACAUUUUCGCAAUAUAAUCUCGGAAAUUCUUCAACAAAGAUAUCGCAACUUCAUCUACAACUAUUUGACCUUUAAGUUUUCUCAAAAUCUGGAAGAUGCUGAUAUCUCAGAUAUAUGUCUGCUGUGUGGACCAAAGGUGGAGAAGCUACGUUUUAGCACCUAUUUCAAUAUGGAUUUGUUGAAACACAUUGAAUGGAAAAUGGGCUGUAAUCCCAUGGAAAAUCUGAAAUUCUUCAUCAAUGAUAAUUUCAAAAGAAAUCUCCAAUAUUUUCCCAUGCUGCAAGAACUUGAGGUUCAAGGAAAGUUCCUGCAGGAUCAAACAAUUUUGGAGUUGGCCAAGAGCUGUAGAGGCCUAAAGACCAUACGUCUGUUGGAUGGGGACAAUCGAUUUCUGUGGGGUGAACAUUUGGCCGAUUUAGAGAGCAUAGAAAAUUUGGAAUUGAAAUGUUGUCGCAAUUUGGAUCCCAAUCACCUGCUGGCCUUGACACAAAAAAGAGCAGUGAAAUCCCUAAACAUCAUGGAAUGUGAACACAUGAAGGAUAUACCCAAAAUGAUAAACCUAUGCAAAUAUUUAACUCAGCUGCAUACCUUGAGAUUGACUGCCUUCACCCAGGACCAGACACUGAUAAAGGCCAUAUUGGAAUUGCCCCGCUUGAAAUGUCUGCAAUUUUUUUGGAUCAAUUUCAUGCCUUUAAGUUUUGAGGAGAAUUUUUUCCUAGAGCUGGCCCAUAACAGCGAGAAAUCUUCGCAACUCUCCGCCUUGAAAUUUGAAAAUGAUCGCUACUACAUUGAAGAUGAGUCCCUGCAGCAAUGGACUCCUGAGAAAUAUGCCAUAAUGAGGGAGAAUGUCUGCAUAAAUGGCCAAGCCUGGCUAUGGACGGAGGAGGUUUUUAACAAAAUAUCACAAAAUAUGGAAAAUUUCCCUAAUCUACAACAAUUGAAUUUUCAUUAUUGCCGUUUGCUGAACUAUGAGCAAUUGGAAAUUUUGCCCACAUUGCUUAAAAAUCUCAAAGAGAUUCUUAUCUGUGGUUGCCCUCGUCGAGAAGAUUUACAAUUUCACCAGCAAUGGCAGGAGAAUAUGAAAUGUCAAUUGAAAUUUGAAAGUUUCCUAAGUCUCAAGGAAGCCAUUAGCCUUCAGGACGAUGCCAGUGCCCGCCAAUUUUCCUCAUAUUAUCGCCGAGAGCCUGUCAUGCGCAGUAUUGAAUGUCGAUUUUAGAUUUUUUUUCCAAAUGUGAUUCAUAUUAAAAAUAUUUUAAUAAAGAAUUUGAUACUCCUA